AUAGCAGCACGAGCAUUACUACAUCCAUCAUGGUAGUGCAAUCAAAGACUAACAAACACUCCACGGCCUCCUUCAACCGCGUCUUUAUUUUUAUCCUUGUUUGCUUCGUCAAUUUUGUAACCACUAAAGCAGAAAACGAUGGCCUGCUUUUCAUGUCUUGCUCAGACAACAAAACCACUCCAAAUAGCGCUUUCCAAUUGAAUCUCAGGACCCUCCUAUUAGAUUUAUCUUCAAACGCCACUGCCAACAAAGAAUUCUACAACACUACGGUAGCAGACAAAAACCACUCCUCCAACACAGUCUAUGGCUUGUUUAUGUGUAAGGGUGAUGUCCCUACUCAUCUCUGCAGUGAGCGUGUCACAAACGUAACUCGUGCCAAUUUAUCCUCAGACUACUCUGAUUGUUCCUUGUCCAAAGAGGUGGUGAUUAUGUACAAGGAGUGCAUGGUGCAAUAUUCCAACUACUCUUUCUUCCCCACUGCUGACUUUAGUUCACCUUCUAUCUCAUGCCACCAUGUUAAUGUUUCCAACAAGGCAAUAUUUGAGCGUUUAGUUUACAAAACUUUGAAUGGAGUGGCAGACGAGGCAGCCAACUUCUCUAUUGGCUUCCAGAAGUAUGCCACAAAGGAAGCAACAGUAUCUGGAUUUCAGACCCUUUAUUUUCAAGCUCAGUGCACACCAGACCUGUCACCAAAAGAUUGUCGGAAAUGUCUGAAUAUAACCAUAACAGGGGUUCUUAAGACUUGUAAACUUAGCAAUGCAAUGGUAGCAAACUCGGAAACUUACAGUUGUUACAUCAGAUAUGAUGUGUACCCUUUCUAUCGCCCCAGUAAUGCUCCAACACCACAAGAACUCGUUCCAGCUUCCAAUACAAUCGAUUCAAAAUACUCACAACAUCCUGCUUAUCUUUCCCACAACUGUUCAAUCAAUGAACCCGUGAACAAUGAUUUUCUAUCAAAUCUCAAAACAUUCUUCACUUCUUUGUCUUCCAAUGCCAUCAGAACCAGUUUCUUAAAGACGACAGUCGACACUGCCAAUGGUCUCUUUAUGUGCCGUGGUGAUAUCUCCAUCUCCCCUACCCUCUGUCAGCUAUAUUCACAACUUGGAAACUGGCAGAUAUCUUACAUGAAGUGGGGAAUUUACAGACAGGGGAUAGAACCAUUAAGAAUUAUGAAACAAGAUCAGUAA